AUGUUCUCCAGAUCGUAUCCCGCGCUAGCGCCUCUCGCUGACCCUGUAGCCCGCAAAAAGCUGCAGACUUGUUCCGCUCCUGCUAUUGCUGCCGGAACGCCAAUCGACAGUGAUGCUCUGACAUGGGCUGUAAUCGAACGCAAGCAGCGAGAGCAUUGGAUUGGCCCGGGGAGAGUCAUGCGCGCUGAACGCGUCGCCGCGAUCGUUCGUGAGCACGCGAUCAUGGCGGAGCACAUUGAGGCUGCGUAUCCGAUGGAAGCGGUCGCGCCUAUCGUCAAGCCAGAAAAGAUGAAAUGA